AUGGAUGAAAAUCAAACACAAUGUUGUUCAUAUUCACGAAAUGGCAACUGUUUAUCGUACAACAAACGAAUUAUCUUUGUGCGACGUCCAGGAGCAAAUAAUUUUCCGUCUGCGGAUUGUUUUCGAUGCGAAGAUUGCCUCGCGCCAAAUCGAUUAGAUGUCAGAAAUGGACAAUGUAUUGUGCGAACAUUGUAUCUCUCAGUGGAUCCAGCACAGCGGUGCCGAAUGAACAAAUCAACAGGUGUUGAUUACUUAGCGCCAUAUGAAAUAGGUGAAUUAGUUGACGGUUUGGAAGGAAUUGGAAUUAUCGAAAUGGUAUCGCCAAACGGUGCCUUCAAAGUUGGAGAUUUGGUAACAAGUAUUGGACGGUUAUGGCCAUGGAGUAGGUUGUUUGUUGCUGAUCAAGUUGAUCUUGUAAGGGUCACUUUACCGCCUGGUUUUUCUCCGUCAGUCAUACCGAGCUGUGUGGGUUUGUCUGGUCUAACAGCUCUUCUUGGUAUUCAAAAAAAAGCUGAAAUUGAUCCGACACGACCGCAAACAUUUGUCGUUUCUGGAGCAGCCGGCUCAUGUGGUUCAUUAGCUGGACAGAUUGCACGUUUAUAUGGUUGUACGAAAGUGAUUGGCAUUUGUGGUUCGGAUCAGAAAUGUGCUGUUUUGUUAAAUGAGUGGAAUUUCAAUGGUGCAAUUAAUUAUAAGCGCGAAUCUGUUGCUGAUCGUUUGCAUAAACUUGCUCCGGAAGGUGUUGACAUAUAUUUUGAUAAUGUUGGAGGCUUCGUGAGUGAUGCUGUGAUAUCACUGAUGAGCGAAGGUGGUCGUAUUGUUUUAUGUGGACAAAUAGCUGUAUAUAACACGGACUUGCCGAAUCCACCACCUCUUCCGGAGAAAACUGCUCAAAUUAUUGCUGAAAGAAAGAUUAAGAGGGAGAAGUUCGUCGUAUUGCAAUAUAAAGAUGAUAUCGAUGCAUCUGUGGCACAGCUUUCAGCAUGGUUACAGGAGAAAAAAUUAAAGAGUAGAGAAACGAUAUAUGAAGGUUUGGAGCGAGCACCGGAAGCAGUUGUAGAUCUUUUAAAUGGUCGCAAUAUUGGCAAAAUGAUUGUCAAAGUGGACGAUUCAUAA